AUGACACUCAGACCUCUUCACUACCACCUUCCAUUAUUUCCUGGAUUUCAAUUGUUAGACGCGGCAGCCCCGCUCGAUAUUCUCAACAUCCGUAGCCAAUAUCCUGACACUGCGGAUAUCACUCUGACUGUAUCAGCCGCAACUCUCGAUCCAGUCUCCGUGAAGCCAGUGCCACCCCGUCAGGCAACCUGGAAAUUCGAUAAUCCCCCCAUUAACACGGCCUGCAACCAGCAAAUGGUGCCACAAUGCACCUUCGCUGACGUGAUUUCCACUCUGAAAGCGGGGGCGGGGAGUGGCGAUAUCAAGCCCGUCGACGUGCUGAUCAUCCCCGGCGGUCCAGGCACCCGCUUGAACCGCAUCUAUGAUUCUGGCGAGAAAGUUCCAAACACAAAGGAAGUACAGGACUUCUUGGUCGACGUGGCGCCCUACGUUCGACACAGCAUCAUCACUAUCUGCACGGGCAGCCAUAUUCUCUCCCAGACAGGGCUUCUGGAUCAUCGCCAAGCGACCACCAACUCCGCCCGCUACGAUGAUGUCGUUGGCAAAUCACAGACAGUAAGCUGGCAGCGUAACAAACGGUGGAUACGGGACAUUGUCCCGAAAGACACAUCUGGCUCACUACUGCUGCCUGGCAUUGAGAUCUGGUCGUCUGCUGGGAUUACUGCAGGGAUGGACGUCAUGUUGGAGUUUAUUUCGGCGCAUUAUGGCGGCAUCGAGGUAGGCAUGCAGACUGCGAAGCGGAUGGAAUACCGAUGGGAGCGGGAGCGGGAGGCCUCGUAUUUCCUGUGA